CAUUAUCGAAAUUACUGUUCAGCGAAUUCACGUCAAAUCCACAAAGAUCUGCGAUAUAAAACUGGAAGCCACUCAAUGAACAAAAUGGAUUUAAAAAGUGUACUUUUUAGGAAAAUCGAUUUUAUUUUGUUAGGUAUAUAUAGUUUUCUUAUAUGCAAAUCGACCGAAUCUAUAGUCUUUCAUAAAUUGGUUGAUACUUAUACAGAUUCUUACGAUAUUACACUGGUAUGCAAAUUAAAUGAAAAUUUCACUUAUUUAUAUUCAUACGAUAACAUAUUUUCAAUUAUUUACGAAGGAAAUUAUGUAUACUGCAAUAAUGCAGAAAUACAUUCUCGAACUAAUGCCCUAAGCUUGCCAAUAUAUUUUGAUGGACGAGUUCUGAAAUCAGGAAAAAAAAGUCUUGAGUUUAUUGUCGAUUCUUUUUAUCCAAAUAGUAUAUAUUCAAAAAAUCAUGUGGAAUACGAUUCGAAAUACUACACCAUCUCAAAUAGUUAUGAAAAUUAUCACUAUGGAUACAGAAAAAUAUUUGUACAAGGUAAUUCAUUAAUGAUUAAAAGCUAUGAACAUGACAAAUCAUUUAACAUUGAUUGGAUUCAAGAUGAAACUGCGACAGGAUGUAUAUCAAUGACGUAUUUCAAAGUAAUAUCUAGAUAUGACUCAUCAGCAAUCUGGCUUUUAAGAAUAUAUGGGGAUUAUGAAUUAUUAGAAGAAUAUAAGCUAGAAGACACAGAUAAUGAAUUUAAAACAUUGAUAAUGAAAUUUAAUAGAUCAUUUGAAAAAAAUAAAAAGUAUUAUUUAACUAUUAACAAAUAUAAUUACGAUGAUUAUUCAGUAUUUGGCCUAAAACGAAUAGCUCAAUGUACAGAUUCUGGUAAAGUAGAAGAUGUUUAUGAAAUAAACAAUACAGAAAAGGUUAGCCUAACUCCUACAAUGUAUAUAUAUCCAAGUAAAACUCAGAUAAUGACUGCGAAUACCAAUUCAUCUAUAGAAUGCAGUAAAAAUAAAUAUGGAGCUGAUUGUUCUGCCAGGUGUUCACAAAAGAAGACUUUUUGUAAGAAUAUGUUGUUUUGCACAUAUAGUUAUGGAUGUUCCUGUGCAGCUGGAUACACUGGACCUUUAUGCAAUCAAGAAUGUUCUAAAGGAACUUACGGUCGCAGAUGUCAAAAAAUAUGUUCCGAAAAUUGUAAAACUCACUGCGAUAAUAUCUUAGGAACUUGUAAAGGAGGAUGUAAAAAUAAUUUCAUUUUACCAUAUUGUAUUGAAAAAUAUCCAGUUCUAAUCGAACCACCUAAAUUGGAAUUUUCAGAUUUUCAUUCAAUAAAUUUAAUUUUAAAUUUAACAAAUGAAAAUAUAUUUGGAAGCAAAAGUAAUAUUCCAUCAUUUUAUCAGAUUGUUUACAAGCCAACUUCAAGUGAAUUAGAUUUUCAGUAUUUACCAAUAACAGAUAUAGAUGAAGAAGCUUUUUUUCUUAAAAACAAAAUAAGCAAUUUAGAAGCAGGAACAAUGUAUACGGUUGGUGUAAUAUUGAUUACAAAAGACGGAAACUCAAAUAAAGAUGAUAUAAACACUGCUAACUAUUUCACACAAUGCUUUAAUCCAAAAAAAAUUAACUACGGAAUGAAACUUACUCCAGGAACCGACAAUAUCACCGUUACUUGGGAAAAAUUGAGAAAAAAUGAUGUCAACGAGUGCAAUAUCACAUCAUUUAUUUUAAAAUUAAUGUCUAAUUUAACACGGAACGAAAAUUCGGUAUUUCAAGAGGAGAUACUAAUUAAGGAUAAUGAACACGUUUUUAAUAAUUUAAUACCAUCUCAUACAUAUGCUGUACAAUUAAUAGGACAAACGAUUUUGGGUACAAUAAAUGUUUCAGAUGUAAAAUAUGCGACUACAGAAACUUUUGAAUUGAUUGAUAUUGAAGACAUUUCAGUGUUGUUCGGUCAAAACUCUGAGAGUUCCUUACUUUUAUCGUGGAAACUAGGCGAACUAAUAAAUUCAGAAAUAAGUUAUAAAAUUAAAUACAAGGUAAAUCGGCAUUUCAGUUGUUCAUAUAAUAUUAUAAACAAUGACUGGAAAGAAAUUAUAGUACACAAUGUUACUGAAUACUAUUUGUUCGGUCUUAUACCAAAUUCCCAAUACAUCAUCAAAGUGGAGCCUAUUACAAAUGGUUAUAAUUAUAGUGAAAAUGAAAACAUUAUAUACGCGAUGACUGCGCCAUCAACACCACGAACUUCUCCUGUGUUAGACAAUAAUGGUACAUUUUAUGUGAGUAACCAAACGGCAACAAUAAAAUGGCUAGUAGAUAAAAAGCAAUGUGUCAAGUUGAAUGGUUUUCAAACAGGCUUUUAUUACAAAUUAAAGAAUUUAGCACAAGGAACUGUAAUAGAAAAUGACACUGAAGAUACUUCGAUAGAAUUUAAUAAUUUAAUGCCGAAUACAUCAUAUGUUCUAGAAGUUUAUAUAAACACAAAUAAAGGAUAUAAUGAAAACUUUGUGUUAAAAGUACCCUUUCAAACAAAAUCGAAGUUUUUACCUGCAAUAGAAAAUUUAUCAGUUUACAAGAAAAAUUCAAAAACAAAAACUAUAGGUUUAAGAUGGAGUUACGAUAACAAGUCUGAUAUAAAUGGUUUUAUAAUUCAUUUAACAUCGUCUAAUUAUAAAGUUAAUUCUAAACAAAUGACAAUCGAAGUUCCUUCGAGAUGUACUGCAUGGCCAGAUAUGUAUUGUGAAACUAUAGAUAAUUUAACACCAAGCACUCAGUACACUAUUAAAAUAAAAGCCAAAUCAUUAGAUUAUCCUAAUGGUGGAUUAGUGGCAUCAGAAGACUUCAAUACUGUCGAUGGAAUUCCAGAUGAACCUGGAAAUUUGACGAUUACUUAUGUCGGCACCAACAACAUUUCCCUAGAAUGGAACAUCCCUUGGAUGUUUAACGGUGCACUUAAUUCGUUUAUAAUAAACGCAGAAGAAGUUUCUGCAAUAGAUAUUGAUUCAUGUUGUACUAGUUAUCCGCCUAUUGAACUAUUAGUUACGGAAGAAAAGCCGACUUAUACUUAUACGCUAGAUAACUUGAAGCCUGGUUCCACUUAUGCAAUCGGUGUGCUGUCAAAAACUUCAUGGUAUAGCCAAGCUAAAAGAAUUCACGUUACAACACUGAUUGAUUAAAAAUAUCGAGUCAUUUACCAAGUGUUCAUGAUAAUUUAAUAUAGAAUUAAUAACUCGUUUUUAAUAGAAACGUGACUUAUCAUAUUCAUUUUUGUACUUAUAAUAGACAAAAUAAAAGUUUAUAAUAAUUGUUUAUUAAUA